AUGUCAAAGAGUGUGGCCCCAGCCCGAUCGGGUCCCACCCGCCGAUAUGCCGCGACGGUCGAAAAGGGCGAAAACGCCUGGCGCCGCGAGUGGUCCGGUUUCAUGUCGAACGUCAACUUGAAGGAACUGCGGAAGGGCGGCGGUGUUGUUCUCCCGAAGGCCGCCGAUUUGGAGGUCGCCGCGGAGGGAGAAGUGGGGCACAACUUCUCAUAUUUAUUUGCCUCCCCAGCAGAGAAGAAGGCCGCACGACUGGAGAAACAACGGGAGGAAGAGGAAAAGCAAAGAAAACGUAUGCUGGAAAAGAGUAAAGUAACGGAUCCAUUGGCACACUUAAGUAAACAUGAACGUGCGGUAUAUGAGGCACAGAAACGUGGUUUAAACACAGAUGGAAUGUCACGAAAGGAAUUACGACAGUUUUUACAUUUAACUAUUUCUAAAGAACAACAGGAGGCAGAGAAACAUCAAGAGGAAUUCCGACCUCAUGAACUGAUGGAUGAAAAACUUCAGUGGUAUCAACAAGGUCCACAUCCAAUUGAUAUCAUUGCAGAAAAACUCGUUGUGAGGAAAGCCACAAAAAAAGGGAAACAACUUGGAUUACGUUAUAAUUACUAUAUGCCUCAUCCUUCUUGGCUUGCAAAGCGAGAACAGCGACGACGUGAACGACUUUUAGUGGGUUUAGGACGUCGGUAUAUAUUUGAUGAUACGGGAAAGAUGUUGGAUGCAUUUGCUCCAGAGUCUCAUAUAGUAUCUAUGAGUGGAAUACAUAUACCAGAAGACAAUGAGAAGAAAGAGAAGAAUAACGAAAAAGAGGUGAAAGAGCAAGAAGAUGUUGGAAUGAUGGAGAUGGAAACCCAUAUACAAAAUACUUCUAUAGAAAGAAAAGAUAAUGCUGGGGUAUGUACUAGGACAACAACAACAACAACAACAAUAGUACCAACAUCAACACCAUUAAUUGGUUCAGAUAUUUUGGUAGAUCCACGUAAAGCGUGUACUUCAUUUGUACGUGCGGUAGUAAAAGACCGAAAUGUAGCAGAUGCUAUUAGGAAUGCCAACAUCACCACCUCAUAUAUCAGUAGUUCACUUGUGAUGGGUCCUAGUAUUGGGGCAGAGGAUCUCCCGAAUGGUCCUAAUACUGCUGCUAGUACGGCUAACACGGGGAUGGAGCGAAAAAGAGUAAGAGAAACACCUGCACGAAAAGCAAAGGUGGUGGAAAAACGUUCAAAAAUGGCAUCCUUUGAACCAUAA